AUGUCUACAGAAUCGGAUGAAGUGGCCGAGGACUACCGUCUCGCGCUCGAGGAUCUCACGUCGAACAUGCGAUUCGAAAUUAGCAACCUGACUGUGAUCGCGCGAGAGAACACUGAGCACGCAUUGGCCAUCGCUGAGGUUCUGCAACAACAUAUUCUCAAGGCCCCCCCAGCCAAGAAGCUACCUGCUCUCUAUGUGCUCGACUCCAUCGUGAAGAAUGUCGGUACUCCCUACACGCUUUAUUUCGGACGGAAUCUUUUCAAGAUAUUCAUGGAAUCGUACGCGAUGGUUGACGGUCCCGUGCGAAAGAGAAUGGAGGACAUGCUGAAGACGUGGAAAGAUGCAGUCCCCGGAUCAAUGGAUACCAGGCCGGUCUUCUCGCACGAAUUGGUUCGGCCGAUAGAGAAUGCUCUGAUGCGAGCUCAUGCGGUUACCAUGCCACAAUAUGCAAUGGCUGGACGGGGAAGGGGAGUCAUGAUGCCACACCGCAACACACCUACGCCGCCGGGGAUGCGAGGCUAUCCGGUUGGUGAUGGACACGGCCAGCUGCAGAAUGGAGGGCAGGUACCUGGCCAAUACCAAAGCCACACGCCAUGUUCUGACAACUGGCAGGCCAACAAUCAUCGCCAAAUCACGCCUCAGCCGGGCCAACCGCAAGGACCUUACCCCCCCCCUGGACAGUACGGCGCUGGACCGCCGGGCACAAACGUAGACAAGUUGAAUCAGGAUAUUGAGAAUCUGAUUGUAGCGACACAAGCCGAGUUCUCACAGAAUCCGCAUGAUGCGGGUAUACAAACCAGACUUAAAGCAUUGAUGGAUCUCCGAGGUGUCAUCAAGUCGGCCUUGCCUCCAGACCAGCUCGAGCUCAUUAAAAACAAAGUAACCGAACUUGCUGCUGUAAACAGGCCCAGUGCUCCCCCCUCAUACACAGGGCAAAACCUGUUACCUACUCGGGCACCUUCGGGGCAGUUUCAACAAGUAACGCAACCUGUCAGCCAGCAUCCGCCAGGACAGGCGUCUCUUGACGCGUUGCUAGGUCCAGGAGCCCUUGCUGCUCUGAUGGCAAGAACUGGAUCUAAUUCCAACAAUACAACCCCUCCUGGCUCGGGAGCAAUCCGAUCACCCCCGCCUGUGCCAGCCCAACUUCCAACACCUGCUGCUGCAGCCCCAGCAGAUGCAAUGUCCUUGCUGGAUCGAUUGCGGCAAGCCGGUAUGCUGCCUCCGACGGCCACCCCAACGCCAGCAGUUGCUCAACCGGUAGCUCCGCCUCCCGUUAUCCCAGCCAAUAUUGCCAGUAUUCUUUCCGCAGCCAAGGCUGGCGCUUUUGCGAUGGCAAACAUGGGAACAGGAAGCCUCAAUGAAGUCAUAUCGCCUGACAACAUCAUCAAUGCGUUGUACGAUGACCUUGGGCCGCCUUGCGCUGAAUGUGGCAGACGAUUCAAGCGUAACAUGGAGGGCGACAAACAACGCCGAGCUCACAUGGACUGGCAUUUCAAAGUAAAACAGCGAAGCGCAGAGGCAGAGAAGAGAGGAACGCAUCGCAGUUGGUACGUUGACCAACAGGACUGGCUGAAAUCACGCGAAGUGGUCGACGUGGACCACAUUGCGCAACCAGAGCCUUCGGCAGAGGAGCAGUCCAAGGCUGCCUCUGGGCCGAUAUACAUGCGGGUCCCAGAACCCACGAGCGGUAUCAACAAUGUUUGUCCCAUCUGCCAGGAGAAGUUUGAGAACAAGUGGCUCGAUACUGCGCAGGAGUGGGUGUGGCUGGACGCGGUGUUGGUACGGAACCGCGCCUAUCACGCCUCGUGUCAUGCCGAGGCUACGAGGGACCGCGAAGGCACGCCUGGCGCUUUAAGACGGACACCGGAGCCUGUGCUCGGGAAGAGAAAGGCGGAAGCGGGCUUGCUAUCACCAAAGAUUCGGACGCUUAAGACGGCGUACUAG